CAUUACUUUGUACAGAAGUGGUCGUUGUAAGUUUUUUAACUUGCAAGUCAGAAAGGGGAGCUCCGUGAGACCUAUAUAUACGUAACUGCAAGGACAUGGCAGAGAGACGUUUAAAUUGAAUUACCAAAAUUUUGGAUUUGGCGCGCACUGGAAUCUCAGACCUUCAUUCUCUUGACUAGAUGCUGAUGUGCUCAUCGUUCCCAGAUACUGAUCGGGACUGCAAAACACUCAAACUGAAACCCUAACUGCAACAUUCAAUCUGAGCGGAAUGUAAUGCAUGGUAAAAUACAGAGUUUCUGCUAAACCACCAGUUAUAUAGUUCUAUCUCCCUCGCCGGAGUGCGUACGGCGUUAAGUUGGAGAGAAGAGGGCGAUUUAUGCGAAGAGGCUUGUGGGCGUUUUAGUAUAUCAGACCCGACCCGACUCGGGAACUGGAACGAGCCCCACAUCUGGAAGGGCGGGAUACAUUGAAUCGGCACAGUCCCGACUAAAAACUAUUUCGUAUGAUAUUCCAAUAAUAAAAUGGUUUAUUGCUCCCCGAGUUCACUCGCCGGACCAUACUUUUAAGACGUUCGUGAGAGAUCAUUUGCCAUGAACGAAAACGCCUGAUUCUACAAAAUCCAGGUCAGUUACCGGUUUUUAUUGGAGGCGCGUAAUCUAUGUUUCAAAUGAUUUGAAAGUUCGUUCAGUGAAUAAGAACUCUGAAGCAGCUUUUUAGGGGUUGAGUUUGAGCUAAAAAGGGUUGCGAGAAGAGGAAGAAGAAUGGAGACCCCGGUUUCAGUCAGGAGGAUGAGGAGGAAAGUGAGUGUAAAGAAUUACAGUGAGAAUUUGAUGGAUGAACUAAUGGAGGGACAUUUGGGUGGUUUGAAGAAGAAGAGGAUUAGAACAAGAGAGCAAUUAGAGAAAGAGACUGAAGUAGAGGCCAUGCUAGCACUUUCUUUGGGAUUCCCCAUCGAUGAUUUACUUGAGGAGGAAAUUAAAGCUGGGGUUGUAACAGAGUUAGGCGGGAAAGAGCAAAAUGAUUAUAUUGUUGUGAGGAACCACAUACUUGCCCGGUGGAGGUAUAAUGUUCGGUCAUGGAUUUCCAAGGGCCAGAUAAGGGAAACUGUGAGCAGCGAAUAUGAGCAUAUAAUAUCUGCUGCUUAUGACUUUCUCUUGUAUAACGGAUACAUAAAUUUUGGGGUCUCUCCUUCUGUAGUGUCUCGGAUCCCCGAGGAGGCAACCGAAGGGUCUGUCAUUAUUAUCGGUGCUGGACUUGCUGGAUUAGCUGCAGCGAGGCAGCUGUUGUCAUUUGGUUUCAAAGUGGUUGUACUUGAAGGUAGAAACCGUCCUGGUGGAAGAGUUUAUACACAGAAAUUGGGGCAAAAUGGUAACUACUCUGCAAUUGAUCUUGGUGGCAGUGUAAUUACUGGCAUCGAUGCCAAUCCUUUGGGGGUUUUGGCCAGACAACUUUCCAUCCCUCUCCACAAAGUUAGAGAUAAGUGCCCUUUGUACCAACCUGAUGGAGCACCAGUUGACAAGAAUGUUGAUUCUAAAGUUGAACAUAUUUUUAACAAGCUGCUUGACAAAGUCAUGGAGUUCCGAAAAAUAAUGAGAGGAUUCGCUAAUGAUAUUUCUUUAGGUUCUGUCUUGGAAACACUUACGCACCUAUAUGCUGUGGCUAGAACCACAGAGGAGAGACAGCUUCUGGACUGGCAUUUUGCAAACUUGGAAUAUGCAAAUGCCGGAUGUCUUUCAAACCUUUCAGCUGCUCAUUGGGAUCAAGACGACCCUUUUGAAAUGGGAGGUGACCAUUGCUUGCUCGCUGGUGGAAAUUUGAGACUAAUCAAAGCAUUAUGCAAGGGAGUUCCUGUUUUCUAUGGUAAAACUGUUCAGACAGUAAGGUACGGAAAUGCAGUUGAAGUCAUAGCUGGUGGCCAAGUUUUUCAAGCAGAUAUGAUACUUUGUACGGUUCCUCUUGGGGUUUUAAAGAGAAAAUCAAUAAGAUUUGAACCAGAACUACCGGAGAAGAAACUUGCAGCAAUACAAAGACUGGGAUUUGGCUUGUUGAACAAGGUUGCAAUGGUGUUCCCCUAUGUUUUUUGGGGAGAUGAUCUUGAUACAUUUGGCCAUCUCAACCAGUUUAGGGAUAGGCGUGGAGAAUUCUUUCUAUUUUACAGUUAUCAUACUGUUUCCGGAGGCCCUGUACUUGUUGCUCUUGUUUCUGGUGUUGCUGCACAAUUCUUUGAAUCUACGGAGCCAUCCACUUUGGUUCAUCAAGUUAUGGACAUUCUUAAAGGUAUAUAUGGUCCUCAGGGGAUCGAUGUGCCUGAUCCUGUGCAAUCCAUGUGCACAAGAUGGGGAAGUGAUCCCUUUACUUAUGGCUCUUAUUCGCAUGUUGGAGUGGGAUCAUCUGGCAGUGACUAUGAUACUUUGGCAGAAAGUGUUGAUGGGAGGCUAUUCUUUGCUGGUGAAGCAACAAUUCGUCAACAUCCAGCCACCAUGCAUGGUGCCUAUCUGAGUGGUUUAAGAGAAGCUUCACGAAUCUUCCAAGCUAUGAAGCAGUGGCAGAACAUUCCAAAGAAAUGCAUAACCAAAAAUUCUGGACCAAACAGUGAGGUUCUGACAAAACUGUUCAAGAAGCCUGACCUGGCAUUUGGGCAGUUUUCAUUUGUAUUUGAUUCCUUGACUAAUGAUCCCACAUCUUUGGGUCUCAUGAGAGUAACUUUUUCCAACACCUUUACUGGCGAUAUGUCUUGCAGAAAUGAGACUGACACCAUAUAUCAACAGUUGUUGGAACAACAACCACUGCAUCUUUUUACGGUUUUGUCGUGUAGUCAGGCACAAGAAAUACAACUGGUGACUGGAUCAAAUGAUUGUAAAGUGUUGUAUUUAUUCAAGAAUUUGGGCUUGAAGCUAAUGGGGGCUGACAGUUUAGGUGCUUUAGGCAAUUCGAUUACCUCUAAAAUCGCUAAUGCACGAAAAGGCAGAGGUCGACACCGCAUGUUUAGCAUACAGAAAAAGGCAGCCUGCGCUAAUGUUCAAUUACCAUCAGUAUAAGUGGUAUAAUUUCAGGUAGCAGUAUAUAAACUUCUUUUUUCUCAAACCGGGCGCUAACUUUUGUGUGCUUUGGGUCCAUUAUUGACUAUUUUGCUUACACCAAAGUUCGUUUGAUCUUUGAAUUUGUUAUGUACUUAUGUAAUUGGCUCAUUUUUGUUGCACCAACUUCGUAGUCCCAUAGAUUUUGUAAGAAGAAAUUUUGUAUUGUUAUAGGCUACUUGCUGAAUGGAUGUUUCAGCUGGUGUUGAUUAAAAGAUUUUCUGCCAAAGUGGCUUCUUGUUUUCAUUAUAAUAUGUUGUAGUUAUGUUAUAUAUAUGCAUUCUGAAUUGGCUAAAGGGUCAAAUAGGCACUUUAGCGACUCAGAUUGCUCAAUUCCCACUCCCAACUUAUAUAAGAGCCGAUCUAGCAUUCUAUAUUUCUAUUCCAUCAACUCCAACGAAAUUCAAAUGUCUCGUUUCGCAGCCUCGCAGAUCAGCAGAAUAAGCCAAUACAGCCACACAAGCCAGAACUUCAUAAAUUCAGCAGAAUCAGUCAAUACAGUCGAUUUGGCUAUUACCAAACGGGCUCUAAAU